UCCGUCAGUCAGUGUUUGCUCGGUGAAGCUGGACAUCAGUGCGUCUGUGCGUGAUCGUGGGAGCCUCGCAUCAGCUCACUGCCCACUCCACGCCCCCGCAGAGUCUCCCAAACUCUCGGUCGCGGGAGGAGAGAUGAUGUGGGGGGUGUAAGACACCGGGAUCAGCAGACAGCAGCUGGAUUCUCGGGCUAAAAUCACCCGCUCUGAUGGAGUGAAUACCGCAGAUACACGGUUCACCAGAGUCUGAGCUGGGAUGUCCCAACAGUUCUGAGGCCGGAGGAGGAGAGGGGUUCUGGGAUUUUAGAGGUGGACAGCGAGACAUCAUGGGUGAUGGAGGGGCCUUGCACACAGAGGGCAAUGCACUUCUGAAGGCAGUAUUCCAAGGUAAACUCCGCCUCACUCGCCUCCUCCUGGAGGGCGGAGCCUAUAUAAAUGAAGGGAAUGAGCGAGGGGAGACGCCCAUAAUAGCAGCCUGUCUGGCGGGAUACGAUGAACCACAGAACCGGCAGAGGAUGGUGCGGUACCUGCUUGAGAAGGGAGCAGACCCGAACAUCCCCGACAAAUCAGGUCGGACUGCCCUGAUGCAUGCGUGUGCAGAACAGGCAGGCAAAGAGGUGGUGUCACUGCUACUGGAAAACGGCGCUGAUCCCAGCUUGAAGGAUUACUCUGGGGCCUCAGCACUUGUACACGCCAUCAAUAAGGGUGACAGGGAUACUCUCCAGGUUCUGCUGGAUGCCUGCAAAGCCAAAGGUAAAGAGGUUAUCAUAAUUACUACCGAUACAUCUCCCUCUGGUACUAAAAAGACCAAACAAUACCUGAACUCCCCACCUUCUCCGGGUAUAGUGGACAAGCUCUCCCCUGCUUGCAUGUCUCCAUCUGAGGUGGAGAUCCAUACCUCUGGCUCUGCCCCCGGUGAGGAGGAGGAAGGUAUCUUCAGCUUCGCCAUGACUUCAGUACUCCCACUACCCUCCAGCAGACCACAAGGGGAGAGGAGACCACCACCUCGUAAGCUUCUGAAAAGACUCAACUCUGAACCAUGGGGUCUGGUGGCUCCUUCUGUUCUUGCUGAGAGAGCAGAGCGGAUAGAGGGUGAUUUAACAGAGGAGGACAAGUUGGUUUCGGAGAUGAAUGGGAUGACAGUUUCUGGUCCAGGUAGACCUCUCCUGUCCCGAAGGCACAGUAUUGAGACCCAUGACCCAUCUUCUCCAAAGCUGAUGGACCGGUCCUGUUCGGAAGACUAUGCAGCCUUGUGUGGCUCUUCCUGGGCGGAUAAAGUCCAUCAGCAUCAGUCACUGUAUCGUAGAAACACGGCCCCUGAGACUCAGGACAAUGUUGCUCAGGCACCGACGGGGAUCCGUGGCUUACCACACCCCAAACUCACCCGCAUGGAACACUACGAGUCGGACACCCACCUGUGCCCUGCCUCCAUCCCCGGAUCUCCAGAUUCUGGACGUGUCUCAGUGGAGCGCCGCAAGUACAAUGCCUCUCCCUUGUCGCUGCUCACCAGCUCUUCUCGAGAGUCUCUGGAGAGCAUUCCCAACUCUGUGUCUCCUAUCACAAUGCGGCGACGUCCAACAGGACUGUUGGAAAGGCGGGGAUCAGGCACUCUCCUUUUGGACCACAUCUCCCACACAAGACCUGGGUUCCUUCCUCCUCUCAACGUCAACCCUCAGCGACCAAUUCCUGAUAUCCGAGCCAAUGGAAAGCCCACAUCUCCCGUUCACUCUGGGAGCAAGAUCCUGCUGCCGGUUGCGCCAACAUCCCCAAAACGUGGACCAGAUUUCAAGAUGAAGAAGAAACUGAUGAGAAGACACUCGAUGCAGACAGAGCAGAUGAAGCAGCUUUCGACUUUCCGGGAAAUCCUCACAGAAAAGGUGAUGGAAAUGAAUGGAGAUUGAGGGCAAGAGAGAAGAAAAACAAGAGAGUCGGAGCUGGCCGAGAUUUUUCAUCACCGGGUUCAUCUACAUCAUCUUUGAGGCAAACCUUCUCUGGUCCAGUUUAGCUCCUUUAGAAAUCAAUACAUACAUCAAAAAUAUGCAUUGUGGAGACAAACACAUCUGCAAAUCCAGACAGUGAAAGAGAAAAUGAGUCACGGUCAUUCAAGAUCAUAAAAGGGAUCAGUUAUUCCCAAUUUGGAGACCCUUCUAAUGUUAUUUAUGAUUAUUCCUUGAUCAUUAAGAAUACUUGAAGAUGGACCCAUUAGUGUCAAUCGAAGUGCUGUUGGUGUUUGAAAUUGCUGCAACCCUCAGAUAAAAAAACGCACAGAUUUUGUGUUCUACAGGUUUCUCUAAGUAUUAGCGCUGUUAUGGCUAUCAGCCUUCUUAUUGUUGCGCACUGUCAGAUAACAAAAAUGCAAAAAUCUUACAUUUAGGGGGUACAGUUGCUUGUUGAUGGGAAGGUAACCCAUAAAAGGACCCAUUUAUACUUUAUCUACCCCCAAAAUGUGCAUAUUUGUACCUAAGAAUAGUAAUAUAUACACUUUAGUUACUAUUUUACAUUUUUAGGGGUAAAUAAGGUAAAAUUAUUACAAUAAGAGUCCCAAUAAGCUGAUGUAAACCUAAAAGCACAAUUUUGCAUGUUUUUUUUUUCUGUGAUGAUCCUGUGGAAUAAUUGUGUUAAUACUCUUAAUAUUCCUGAUAAAAUGCACAUCCCUCAACAUCAAAUGUAGUUCAAAAUUUCUCUAAAAUUAAUUUCUUCUGCCAUUACAGAACAGCUAAAUUGAUUCAAUAGUUUCACAUUCAAAUGUGAGAUUAAUUUUACUUGUACAUAAUAGUGCUCAAUUCUUUUUAAUGCAAUAUUUAUUACUGCGUGAUUGUUUUGGACUGAAGGUUAGGAGUUGUAGUCCUUGAAGGAUUUUUAAUUUGGCAAUGACAAGCUUCCUUUUUUUUCCCCCACUGGUAGUACACUAGAGUAUCGGAGAUGUCUGAUAAAUAUUCCUGUAACAAACAAUAGUGUUAGAUGAUGAACACAUUUCUGAAGAAAAUUUAAUUGCAUUAUCAAAGUGCAAUGAAAUACUAGAGGAAUCAAUUAGCAUAUAAACAUUAAAAAAAGCUAUAUAACUAAAAACAUAAUUGUACCAGUUAAACAUACUGCAUGUUUCAGGGCUUUUGGAUGGGUCGUUUAUCUUUCUUAAAGUCUUCUAAGUGAUACAAAAUAAGUGAAGUGCAAUUCUUGAAACUCAAAAUCCCAAAGAAACUCUACCAAGCCCAUCCAAAACCACACAGAUCCACCCUGACCCAACUCAGUGGAGGGGAGAGAGACACAGAGCACAGAUAUUGUGUACAUACUGUACAGAAUACAAAUGUGUCUCAAGCGUUUGAACGUGCAAUAUUCUAUGCUGCCUCAGCACUGAUUUCAUAUUAUUAUUGUGAAUGUGAACAAUCACUUGGAUGUGUGUCUGUGGUAACAUGCUGCAAAUAGUUAAAGACGAGCUUGGAGCUCAGUUUACAUUCAGAGGAGGAAUCUCUGCACAAAAUACAUGAGAAUCAAUUUCCCUAAAGAGCUGCAGUGCACAGUGUAUCCGUGUCAAACACAUAGUUUAACUCAAGCUUAUGAUGUGAGUGAAUUUAGUGCUUCUGCUUUGAGAUGUUCUUUACUUGAUGUGAAUUAAACUUUUAGUGUACUUGAAAUGUAUUAUGAAAACAAAAAGAGGAAUAUUUUUUUAUGCCUGUAGGGUUUUAUUCUUGUCAUUUUUUAUUUUUAUUGAAACAAAUUUUAAUGUUUAAUACAGAAUUGUUGGUGGUGCAUUUUCACUU